AUGCUGAUAAGUGAGGGUCGGGGAGGCCAAACUGCCCCAACCCGCACUCCUCUUCCAACUCGCGCGGGAGGGAUUUUUCACCGGCCCAACCUCCCGUGUCCGCGCCACCGCCCGCCGCCCGUCGCCAUUCCGGCCGCCCCCCGCCUCCCCUCGACGCGCGCCGGCCGCCGCGAGCUCCCCGCCGCGGAUCCGCGCCUCCCGCCGCCCGCCAUCCCGCGUCAUCCCCGCCGUCCGCGGAUCCGCGCCGCCUCGCCGGCCGCCCGCCCGCCGUCGCCCGCCCGCCCGCCGCCGUCGCUCGCCCGCCCGCCUCGCCGUCGCCGCCCGCUCGCCCACGCGCCCGCCUCCCCGCCGCCUCGCCGCUUCGCGUCAUCCCGAGCCGCCGCCGCCCGCGUCGCGUCGUCCCGAGCCGCCGCGGCCGCCCCGAGCCCGCCCGGUCGCCUCCGCGUCGCCUCCCGCCGCCGGGGGUUGCCUCGCCUCCGCCCUCCCGCUCGCCAGCGCCUCGACCGCUCCUGCCCCAACCGGCCGCCGCUCACCCCGAUGGACACCGACGAUACGGCGUCGUUGUCCGAUGAUUCCGGUUGGCCAUCGUCGGAUGAUUCGGAUAUUGAGGAGUUGCUUCAAGACGACGAUGUCGAGAUGAUGAGCCUCCUCAUCGACGUGCAAGAGUUUGAAGACCGCAAGAAACUGAUGGAUCAGAGGAGAGGUUCGAAGAUGGGGCGAGUCACCAUCUACCGGAACCGCGCUCUCGGCCACGAGCAAUUGAUGCACGACUACUUCGCGAAGAUUACUUCAAGCGUCGUAGAUCCGCCGCCGGUACAAGCUUAUAAGGGUUGGGUUUGA